UCACAUUUAGGGUGUUUACUUAUUGUUUUGGCCCUCAUAUAAUUGUUAAAAGGCAUUCUAUUAAGCGAAUCUACUUGAAGUUUGGCCUGAUAAUCACGCUAGGAAGUAAAAUUUCUUGGAUAUUCCCGCUAUAAAAGCCGCAAAAAAAGACCCUCAAAUCCGCCCUCGCUAAUCAAGCAUUGGCAUGCUGUAACUUCUAGAAGCCACUUCAAGAAUUCAUACAAUAUGGAAAUGGAAACGGUGGAACAAGUAGAAACGCUCGACCCGGAGGCGUAUAUAAGCGCCACGCCGUUUAACUAUGCCAUUUACAAUUUUGAUAAAACUGCAUUGGAGUUGGCUAGGGCCCAGUGGCCUAAUUAUGCUGACCAACACUAUUUGAAGGGCUGUAAAUGGUCCCCAGACGGAACCUGUUUACUUACAGUCGUAAGGGGUGGCGGCAUGAAUGUCUUCGAACUACCACCCGACUUAUAUUCUUGUGAGAGUCUUGAGCAUGCUCGCACAAUUGUUGCCUUAAACCCUGCCAUAUCAGUCUCGGAGUCAGGCUUAAUUUAUGAUUACAAUUGGUAUCCUGGAAUGAAUAGUGGUAACCCAGCUACAUGUUGUUGGAUCUCCAGUGGCCAUCAAGGUCCAAUUCAUUUAUGGGAUGCCUUCACUGGUGACUUAAGAUGUUCCUACAGGGGUUACAAUGCAGUUGACGAGCUGGAAUCAGCUAUGUGUGUAAGCUUUUCUGCUGACGGACAAAAUGUGUUUUGUGGCUACAGGAAGAAUGUUAAAAUUUUUGCUACUGGCAGACCUGGAAGGGAAUAUGUUGAGUAUCCCAUUACACAUCAGGCUUCUUGCUUGGUGGCUAGUCAAGCACAACCUGGAGUUGUUGCAAUAGGAAAUGUAAAAAACACAAUCGAACUAGUAUCCCAAAGCGACGGUACAUUCCGGAGCCUGUGUAAGCUACAGGGUCACAAAGGUGGUAUCACAUCAAUGGCAUUCUCAUAUGACGGUUUUAGGCUUUACAGCGGGGCCCGCAAAGACAAAGAACUAAUCUGUUGGGACUUACGUGUACCGGGCCGACCGAUGUUCAUUUUAACCAGGGAGUGCACCACCAAUCAGAAGAUUGACAUCGACCUCUCGAUGGAUAACAAAUGGCUGGUGUCGGGCGGCAGUGAUGGUAAAGUACAGAUUUGGAAUGUUACCGAAACACAUUAUCCUUCAGUUCAUAUGCAGAUGCAACUGCACAGCGACAGUUGUAACGGGGUGAGUCUGCAUCCGUACAAGCCGAUUUUGGCGACCUCUAGCGGACAGCACCACGCGAUCGAUCCGUUGCACCACACGCGGCAGACGCACAGCUACGAGAACGCCCUCUGCAUGUGGUGGGUGGGACCGCAGCAAGAAGAACCGGACCUAUUCACUACGAUUGUUAAGGCGGCCACAAACGCCUCCGUUUAGUGUUUAUUUCUUUACCCAUUUUCGGGUUUCAACUUAAUUUUUGCUUCUAUCGUAUUUUUCAGAAUAUACUAGUGAUGGUUUUUU